AUGACUUUGAUAAUUUGGAUCACCCUGAGCCACCUCAAAAAUGUGGAUUUCGAAGAUUUUCCACCUGAUGACUCUGAUCUCAAGGUGCCUCCAGAUGUGCCCUGUAUGCCCCCAGAUGAUGAACCUCACCUGCCCCCAGACAAUGAACCUUGCCUGCCCCCAGAUGAACCUCAUAGCAAUACAGCCCCAAAUAAUGGAUGUUACCAUCCCCCAGAUGAACCUCACCUGCCCCCAGAUGGGCUGCCUCGAGGUGAAGACCAUCCAUUUCCCCCAGAACCUCCCACUCCACCAUGGCAAAACCCUCUGAAAGCACUUGACUUUGAUCAGCUCCUGCAGUCUGCUCAACUUCUGCACCUUCAGCAUGACAUGGGGUUCAUCUGUGCUCUCCAACAAGCAUCUCUUGAUGAUGAAGUAGGGCUGACUGGAGAGGAUUUGGAGCAGCUAUGA